CCGUAAUUAUGACAUCAAGAGGACAAAGUGAGACUCAAAAGCUAAAACAGAAUCUUGGAGAACAGCUUGAUCGAUUGGUAGCCCAGCUUGCAGAUUUGGAGGAAUGCAAGUGAGUUGUUCUUUAAAAUCUGAUUACUUAUGAUAACCACUUCUUUGAGUUUCAAAAAGUUAAAAUGAGACCUAUUUUACUGUAAUUAGCUUUAGCUUAGUGUUGAAAGCAAAGACACAAAAUUUAACAUUUUUGUUCGUCAACUAUAGACUUUGUUGUUUUUCCACAAUAACCAAUAAUAUUGAAUUUGAUUUGUCUGUUAUUAUCGAUUAUCGUAUCGCUUAAGGUUUUUGAUCAAUGAACGAUUAUAAUAUUGAUGGACGGCACACCACUACGAGCAAUAAAUAAUAAAUGUUUUCAACUUGUUAUGUUUGGUUUUAAAUUUAUUUUUUACAAUGUUGCUUAAAUGACUGUUAUCUUUUGUGUGGGAGAGAAUAAUUACCGUUAAGUAUUAAAUUAAUGUUGAUUUAGUAACAGUAUAUAUAAUAAUUUUAUUAUGUUUGUAGGGAAGAUUUAGAUGAUGAUGAAUAUGAGGAAACAAAAAAGGAGACGCUAGAACAACUUAAAGAAUUCAAGGAGACAUUGGAUAAAUUUGCAGCUGGGAAUGUAACUCUGGUUGAUGAGAUCAGCAGCAUGCAGUUGGUAAUUUUUAACAGCUUAAAUACAGUUGAACCUCCUCCAAGCUGCCAUUUAAAAGCCCCCUGGAGUGCUUGUACUUGGAAAUUGCCAAGGCAGAAUAAAAAAAAAUAGAUUUUAUGUGUUGAUUAAUUAUUAGCAAACCAGCCUGACCUCCAUUCAGUAGACACUGUAUUCAUGGGACGCUUGCCUCGGUCCCGAGGGUGUCCCCUGAAUAGAGAUUCCAAUGUAAGCUUAUAAGGCUGGAACGUUGUUAUUUGAUAGUGGAUUUGUUUUGGAGACUGACCUGGUCUGGUCAGCCACACUACUGGUUACAGAACCCUUUGUUCAUUACCUGAACCAGAGACAUUUUCAAAUACGUUACUUUAUCAACAGGCCAUUCAGGCAGCCAUAAGUGAAGCUUUUAAAACUCCUGAGGUCAUCCGCUUGUUCGCAAAGAAACAACCUGGACAACUAAGACAAAGACUAGCAGAGGUAUAGGAUGUGAAAUCUUUUAUGGCUGCUUUAAAAAUAACUAGUGAUCAUACAGUGAACAGGGCUCAUACAGAGUCCUGAAUUCUUGAAAAAGCCGUGAAAUAUAAUUUGCCCAGCAAUUUUCCAGACCUGGAAAAUGUCUGGAAAAUAGAGAUAAAGUCAUGAAACAUUGAUAAGAUCUGGCAGAAAUAGGGGUGGAAACUGGAAGAAACUGGGAUGCGAACUGGGAGAAAUUGGACUGGGUUAUAUGGUGGUGUAGAAACAGAAUAUUGUGGGCAGAACUUCUCAGAACUGAAAAAAAUGGCAGGUUACAAGAAGAAAUAGUUUUGAGAUGGGAAUGGAAAUUGGGAAGAUUGGGCUGAGAAAUUAAUGUUCAGUGAAUAAAUUAAUAUUUGUGAUGAAAAAACUCUUGAUAACAAGAAAUUGGGAUAGGAUUUCAAGCUGUUUUAUUAAAUGUCAAGUUUUCAUGUAAGCAAAAUAAUGAUAGCUGCGAAAAGAACAUCUGCUUUUGAGGGAUCUCUAUUUCUCUUUGUUGAUUGAAGUGAUGUCAUUUCCUGCAGAUGCAAAGAGAUCUUAAGACUGGUCACCUGAGUCAAACAGCAUACACACAACAAGCAGUGGAAAUUUUAACAGCUUUAAAGAAGCUUGGGGAACAGGUAAUGCACAAAUUUCAUGAAAUAACUUACUAUGAAAAAAAUGUUCUUUUAAUAUUUGUUCAUGUUUCUUAUCGUGUGAUUUCAGCUCAAACCUCAAGAGGCUGAGUUUCUGGCUGUUAAUACCAAUGCUGCUUUGAGUACCUUUGAAAAAGUUUCGGAAAAUAUUGGUAUGUGCAUGUAUUAUUUAAUUUCAAUACACCCGCGAUGAUCAGAUUGAUAUAAUACAAGGAAUCAGCAGGGCUCUGAAAAAAACUUAAAUUCCUUCUUGUCCUUUUGGGCAAGCAGCUUUCAUUUUUUGUCUGGGGCCACUCUUGCUCCUCUUAGUUAACCCUGAUAUCCACUUACAAAUUCUCCAAACUGAUCUCCAUAGAUAAAGAAUUAGUUGAGAUGAGAGAAUUUGAUAAAAGAUCAAAGGAUUUUCCCCGAGGUGACCCUGGUCAAGUAAGGUUCAAAAGUUACUUGCCCAUCAUGAAAAUCUACUUGUCCGUGGUUACCGGACGAGACAUUUUUCCAAGCCCUGCCUCGAGUAAGUGAAAGGCAUAAAUAAAAAUCCGUUGAUCAUAAAUCUGAGGGUGAAAUUAUUUCGUCGCGUCCAACUUCUAAAUAAACGCCAUCCUCUAAUAAGCACUCCAUUUGAGGUGUAAACAAUUUAAUAAGCGCCGCGGCGCUUAUUCCAGUGAAUAAGGUGUAGGGUAACAUGCGUACCAAGCAAAUGGAGCACUUCAAGACUUUAAAUGGCUGCCACCCUCGUUUCUUGACUCUUCACUCCUCAACGCUUGUACGUUACACGUGCCACGUCCCCUCGGAAACCGGUCGUUUCGAUACAAACUCAAGCAGUGAAAUUGCACAAAAAUUUUGUUCACUGCAAGUAUAGUUUGCGAGUGAACAAGAAAAACAUUUUGGGUGAAUAUCUUCCUUGUUUAAGCCAAGUAUGUGGAACGAUUUACACCUCGACUAGAUAAACUUGUAUCGAAACGACGUGUAUCGAAACAACUUUGUAUCGAAACGACCGGUAACCGUCCCCUCUUACUGUGAAGAAGAAAUAUGAGAAUAGCUACUUGCAGCCUUAAACAAAUAGGAAACUUUUAAAUUCUUUCAAUUUUCCCUUGCAGGGAGCGGGGAUAAACUUCUCAAAGUGGCUGGUUCACAGGUAGAAGAUGCGCAAAAAUGA